UCACACUCACCACACAAGCCCUGGUACAGGGUAGUCCACACACACACACAGGAAGGAGAUCCUACAACUAUCUGGCCCUGCCACAGCACAGUUGGAAGCAGCGGAGCCCAGAGUGACAUUGAGACCUGCAUCUCCAUUACUGCAACACUCUUCUCAGCUCAAGUCCAACCCUCUGCUCAGGAUGGCACAUGAUUGGCAGGGAGGUAGAAGUAGGAGUCACCACCGAUAUGAGGAAGACGUUAAGGAACCCCAGCCUGUGUAUAUUGGUGUUCCGGUAACACACGGCUACAGCAAAAGGAGACGCCGUAAACACCGCUCCCAACGCGAACAAGAGAAACACCACACACACCGCGUCCAACACGCACAACAUGAACACACACGUCACGAACACACACACCACGACAAUCACCAUGACUACCAGGAACACUACAAAGAGGAAGAGGAGCAGGAGCAACAUGACAUAUUUGACCCUGACUCCACAGUGUCCCCGGCGGCGGAGAGGCUGCGCUACAUCCUGGGUGAAGAUGACGACAUGCCGACGCCCACUCUGUUUACGGAGAUGGACACGCUGCAACACGAUGGAGACGAGAUGGAGUGGAAAGAGUCUGCUAGGUGGGUGAAGUUUGAAGAGAAGGUGGAGGAGGGAGGAGAGAGGUGGAGUAAGCCCCAUGUGUCCACCCUGACCCUCCACAGUCUGUUUGAGCUGAGGACCUGUAUCCAGACUGGCAGUGUGCUGCUGGAUCUGGAGGGAUACUCCCUGCCACAGAUAGUGGAUGACAUCGUGGAUCGCCAGGUGGCAGACGGUCUGAUUGGUCCAGAACUGAGGGAGAAGGUCAGCUUUGUGUUGCUACGGAAACAUCGCCACCAGCAUAAGAAACCCAUCCACCUCUCGCUAGCCGACAUGGGCAAAUCAAACAACUCCCCCACAAGCCGUAGUCCCCAGUCUGUUCAUAAUGUCAGUCGUAGUAACGUCAGUCGCUUUCCUAGUUCAGCCUCUGGCCUCCAUCACUCUACAGAGGACUUACGAGCCAAGUCAGGCAGCCUUGGCCGCCUGCAUCCCGCGCAAAGCCGAAGCAUGAACGACAUUUCAGACAAGCCGAGCACAGACCAGAUGAAAAACAAGUUCAUGAAGAAGAUUCCUCGUGAUGCAGAGGCGUCUAACGUUCUGAUUGGAGAAGUGGACUUCCUGGAUAAACCAUUUGUAGCGUUCGUACGUCUGGCCCAAGCUACCACACUGGGAGGCCUGACCGAGGUCCCAGUACCUACCAGGUUUCUGUUUGUCUUGCUGGGUCCUCAUGGCAAAGGCAAGUCCUACAACGAGAUUGGCCGAGCUAUCGCCACGCUCAUGGUGGAUGACUUGUUCAGUGACGUGGCGUAUAAAGCCCGGGACCGUGAUGACCUGAUCGCGGGGAUUGAUGAGUUUCUGGAUGAGGUCAUCGUUCUGCCCCCAGGGGAGUGGGACCCCAAAAUACGCAUUGAGCCCCCCAAGAAGGUCCCCUCUGCUGACAUGAGGAAGUCUGUGCUGAACCUGAACGAGCUAGGCCAGGUGAACGGGACGGCUGGAGGGCCAGGAGGAGGAGAGGACGAGGAGAUGCCCACCCCCCACGAACUGGGAGAGGAACUGCAAUUCACUGGCAGGUUCUGUGGAGGCCUGUGGCUGGACAUUAAGAGGAAGGUCCCGUGGAUCCUUAGUGAUUUCUCCCAGGGCUUUCACAUCCAGUCCAUCUCCGCUGUUCUGUUCAUCUACCUGGGCUGCAUCACCAACGCCAUCACCUUCGGAGGCCUGCUGGGGGACGCCACAGACAACUACCAGGGUGUGAUGGAGAGUUUCCUGGGUACAGCGUUAGCAGGGACAGUGUUCUGUCUGUUAGGAGGUCAGCCUCUCAUCAUUCUCAGUUCUACUGGACCCAUCCUUAUCUUCGAGAAACUGCUCUACGAGUUCUGCAAGUCUAACACUAUAGACUACAUGGAGCUGCGUCUGUGGAUUGGUCUCCACUCCUGUCUGCAGUGUCUGAUCCUGGUCGCCACGGAUGCCAGUUACAUCAUCAAAUAUAUCACCCGCUUCACCGAGGAGGGCUUCUCCAGCCUCAUCUCCUUCAUCUUCAUCUCCGACGCCAUCAAGAAGAUGGUGGGCUCCUUUAAGUACUACCCCAUCAACCGUGUCUUCAAGCCCGACUACGUUACCACCUACAGGUGUGACUGUAUUGCACCUGACCAGGCUGCUGCAAUGGCUUUUAAUGUUUCAGUUCCACUAGCGGACGAUAACAUGACUGAUUUGUAUAACUUAACAGGUCUGGACUGGAGUCAGCUGAGUAAGAAGGAGUGUGUGAAGUAUGGCGGCGCCCUGCUGGGGAACGCGUGUAAGUACGUCCCUGACCUGGCCCUCAUAUCUUUUAUCCUGUUCUUCGGCACCUACUCCAUGACCGUCUCCCUCAAGAAGUUCAAGACCAGCCGCUACUUCCCUACCAAGUGCCGUUCCCUGGUUGGCGACUUCUCCAUCAUCAUCUCCAUCCUGGUGUUCUGUGGGAUAGACUACCUGUUAGGCCUGGACACACCCAAACUGCACGUGCCCACUGAAGUCAAGCUGAGGAAGCUGAUCAGUGAUUUCUCCAUCUUCAUGUCAAUCAUGACGUUUGUGGGUCUGGAUAUGCUUGUAGGGCUGGACACACCCAAACUAAUUGUACCCACAGAGUUUCAGCCGACGCGUCCAGACCGUGGCUGGGUGGUGAUGCCGUUUGGUAAGAACCCGUGGUGGGUAUAUGUUGCCAGCGGCGUCCCUGCCCUCCUGGUCACCAUCCUCAUCUUCAUGGACCAACAGAUCAGCGCCGUCAUCGUCAACCGCAAAGAGAACAAACUCAAGAAAGGUUGUGGGUACCAUCUGGAUCUGUUCUGGGUGGGUAUUCUGAUGGCAGUGUGUUCCUUCCUGGGCCUGCCCUGGUACGUGGCUGCUACUGUCAUCUCCAUCGCCCACAUCGACUCUCUGAAGAUGGAGAGUGAGUCCAGCGCCCCAGGAGAGCAGCCCCAGUUCCUGGGAGUCAGGGAGCAGAGGUUGACGGGUAUUCUGGUGUUUGUCUUAACCGGAGUUUCCAUCUUCCUAGCCCCUGUCCUUCAGUACAUCCCCAUGCCUGUUCUCUACGGUGUCUUCCUCUACAUGGGAGUAGCCUCACUCGCAGGAAUACAGUUCUGGGAACGCAUCAAGCUGUACCUGAUGCCAGCCAAGCACCAGCCAGACUUCUCCUUCCUGCGUCACGUUCCUCUGAGGAGGGUCCAUCUCUUCACCCUGGUCCAGAUUAUCUGUCUGGCUGUCCUCUGGACCCUCAAGUCUACCGUAGCUGCCAUCAUCUUCCCUGUCAUGAUCCUGGGUCUGAUGGUGGUGCGUAAGAUGAUGGACCUGAUGUUUUCUCAACACGACCUGGCCUGGCUGGACGACAUCCUGCCGGAGAAGGACAAGAAGAAGGAGAAGGAUGGGAAGAAAAAGAAAGACAACAAAAGGACCAAAGCAGCAGAGCCGGAGAGCGACGAGGAGUGUUGCUGAAAAGGCACUGUAUAACACUUACUAUUGCCUGUCUGUCUGCCUCGAUGUUGGUUGGUUGUGUGUGUGUGUGUGUGUGUGUGUGUGUGUGUGUGUGUGUGUGUGUGUGUGUGUGUGUGUGUGUGUGUGUGUGUGUGUGUGUCUUGAUGUCUUUCUCCCUCCAACUUUCACCUGCACGGUUCAAUCCUGUCUGUGUAGUAGAAUUCAGCCAUUCUGCUUAGAUUUAAGCAUGCAGUGUGUGUGUAGCGUGUGCUUGGAUGUGUGUGUGUGUUAUUUGGGGCAUCAUCCCUCACGUCUCUAUUAAGCCACUCCUCUGUCAGUUCCUCCUGCAUGCUGAUAGUU